AUGGCUGCGCCAUCUGCCAUGGAAGAUCGUAGACCGAAACCAACUCUAACUAGACUGGCAGUUGGUCGCCUCGAAAAGCUCCGAAGCUGCGAAUUGAAGGCUGAAGUACGAGAAAAGGCUGUCCAAUGCCUUAUUGACUACUUGGGUGCUCUGGUCACUGGUCUCUCUGCCACAUGGAGUGCUUCGCUGCUACAAUAUGCCGAGGUGGUAAGCCCGAGCAAGGGAUCAAGCCAUGUGAUGGGACUAAAUUCGACGUUAUCGGCUGAAGUAGCCGCGUUUACCAAUGCAGCUCUUGCACACAGCAUUAUCCGAGAUGAUAUGCAUCUAUCCGCAGGGGCGCACAUUGGUGUGAUGGUGAUGCCAGCGGCACUGGCCCUCGCUCAACGAGAACGAUGGACCGGUGAUCAAUUGUUGAGAAGUAUAGUAGGUGGUUACGAAAUGGCUGUUAUGCUGGGUUCUUCGGUCCGCCACUCUGGUACGUGCAACCCGCACUUUCGUCCUAGUGGGAUCAUAGGUGCAUUCGGUGCCACUGCAGUAGGAAUCGUCGGAGACCCUUGCAUGACCAUCGAUCAAGCUACAAGUGCCCUAGGGUUCGGGGCAAACAUGGCCGCGGGGUUGAAUGAAUGGCCUUGGGCGGGAGGGCAGGAGAUCAACACCCACAUGGGUAUAUCGAGUCGGAGCGGUAUUGCAAGCUACGACCUAGCAAAGGCAGGCAUGGUAAGUAGUGGAAGCGUGCUAGAGGGGAAGGAUGGCCUAUUUCAAGCCUACAAUUGCGGGCCUGGCGCUGUAGACCGGUUCCGGGACUUUGUAGCGGAAUCUAGCCUCGGGUUUGGCAUCAUGGGCGUCAAAUUCAAACCUAUAGCAGGUUGCAACUUGAUCCAAACCCCUGUUGCUGCUGCUCUGAGACUCUAUAAACAUUUAGCAGGGUCGUCACAGAAAAUUGAGCGCGUCGUCAUCGUCACAACAACCGUGGCAAAGGAAUACCCAGGCUGUGAUAGCCUGGGUCCCUUCGAAAAGAUCCAGCAAACGAAAAUGAGCCUACAGUACAGCGUAUCGGCAGCGCUCCUCUUCGGCCGCAUCGACGAGCAUGCAUACCGUCAGUACAACAACGCGAACUUGGAGAGGCUCAUCCAGCGCUGCAACAUCCAGACCAGCAGAGAAUAUGACCAGGAGCUCGCGCAAGGCAGACAACCUUGCCGCGUGGAAAUUCACAUGGAGGGGGGAGGCACCCACCAGCACUCGUUGGCGGACGUGCCUUGGCUGGACUCAAAAGCGGUUGAAGACCGUUUCAGACAAGAAGCGCCUGCUUUGUAUGAUGCUAGCAUUGUUGAGAGCCUCCUCGCCGAGUGCUAUGGCCUUGGGAGCACGGCGGACUGCAAGAGCUUAUUCGAGCUGCUUGGUUGUAGGAAGACUUGA